AUGUAUAUCAAUUUAUGUAUUAUCAUUAAUGACACCUACUUAUUUAAUAUUGGCAUUGAAAAAUUGUUCCCAAAUGAAAUAAAAGAAACUUAUUUCACUCCAUAUUGUAAGGAUGGCAAUAAUGUAAUUCCUAUGAAAGGAAAAUUAUAUGAUAAAUAUUGCAAUCUAAAAAAACAUAUAAAGAAAAUUAAUAUUAACUCAAACACUGAUGUUGCUACGCAUUCUGGUGAUGUUGAUAAUCACAACUUUAUAGAUUCAGAUUACGAGGAUAAAAUUCUUUGGCUCAAAAAUAAUACUCAACCAAGCCAAACUCUUCAGACAUAUUGGGUAGAAACAGUUAGAUAUCGACAUCAUAAAAAACAUAAUUCAAUGGAACUAUAUCCUGCUCUAAACAGACCUUUAGGCCAUUUUUUGAUUGAACUUGAUUUUAAACAUUUAUAUCCUGAAAAAGAUUUCAAACUAUUAAAUAAAAUAGAUGUUUUUGUAGUAAAGCUUAUUGAACAUAUUAAAAGUGCUAAUUAUCAAUUUGGAAUCCAAGGACCUAGUAUUUUAAAAGAACUGCAAACUCCAUCAAAGCCUGGUAACGAAUACACAGCAGUUUUUAAAUUACUGCCACUCUUAUUUCAACCAUUAACGGUAAAGUUAAAUGGAAAACGUAAAAUUGAUGGGAUAACAUCAGUUUGGAGACCAUCUAAAGCAGAGCAAGCUGCAGCAUUUAUCACAUUUAUAUCUGAUGUUGGUGAAUUAAAAAUAGCACAUAAGGUUAAAGUAGACAAAGCUUUUGAAUAUGGGUUAAAGUUACAGCCAUAUGUAAUUGUUAUCGAUUCAACUGAAUUUUUUGUCGUGAUUGAUAAUACAUACUACAAAUUAGAAACAUUGAUUAAGGCUGUGGAUGUAUGUUUUAAGUCAUUCUUUUCAUUGAAUGUUCACUAUCCUACUGAAUGUGAACAGGUAUGGUUGUUUAUACAACAUUAUUUUUUUGAAAUUAAACUUAAAUCCGACAAAUCCAUUUUGUCUGUAAAAACGUUAGUUAAUGAUUUUCAUAAAUUAUGA